CAGACCAGUCCGGCUAGUCACUCGCGAGGGGAAGGGUCGUUCGUUGCGUUGCCUUGUUAUCAUACCCCCUCCAUCAAUUUCUUAUUUGCACCGUUUCGAUACACUAGCUUGUUCGUUAGCCUGCGUCCGGUAAAACCAGACGCAGGGUCAACAGAUAAAGUAUAUCUAAUGCAUAGUUUAUGGUAUUAAAGUGAGAGAGUGAAUAUCUUAGCUUCGCUAAAAUUUGUAAUAUUGUAAUUGUUUUUUUUAUUAGAAAAGUCAACAGACAAUAUCAAAGUUGAAGUAGUACUUGCUGUGUUUAACGGUCUACCAAUUUUAUUUUACAUUGAAUUUGAGUAUACAUAGUAUACAUACAUAUAGCAUACUUAUAUAUAUAUAUAUAUAUAUAUAUAUAUAUAUAUGUCGUUCGCGAUAUAAAAUCAAAGUGUUCCUUUAGUUUUCUUUCGUUUCGUCUCACGCAAAUGCGUACACUUGUGUGCCCUUUUUUGAUGUGGAGGGAAUGCUGACGCUGCAACAUCUUUCAAUACGAAGGAUCAACCGAAAAUGAUGGGGUCGAAACGACGACGUAUCAGAAUAAGACGAGGACCGCUAACAUAAUCGAUUUAUUAUAGCGCGUCAAGUAGAAAAAUAAAAUGAUGACCGCCAUGGCCAGGUUGCCUUGUAAGCAAUCCUCGCCCUCGCAACAGCAAAGAGUAAAUAAUUUUGGAAAUAGUCGUAAUACUUAUUGGGAUAUGCAAGCUAGGCAUCCAACGCCACCUUAUGUUAGAAAUCAUCAUCGGCAUGUUGAUCACACAGGAAAACGUAAAAGUGCGGUGGAAUUAUUACAAGAAACAAAAGCAUUUUACGUGAAAAGCGAGACUGUCUUGGACCGGAAACAGGAACUCAAGAAUAGCGGUCAUCUUCAAGUAUCUCAGUUGAGUGCACCUAGUGCACCACCUAGGUUACUUAGGAAAUGUGGAAAUACAGCUGUACCGUGCUCGAUACAAUCACCCUCUCAAUCACAAAUAUCUAACGCUGUAACACCACCCUGUUGUUGGGCCACGUGUCACGAUCAGGAUAGAACAGAUGGGAUUUUGAGUCCUCAACAAACACUGCCACCCGCGCUGCCACCAAAGAGCCCACGCUUAGUCCCUGUUCCGCAGCGGCGCACUAUUUCAGGGCCACCAAGUGCUACGAGCGGGGAUCAAUUGCAGACAAAAUUACGGAGAUUACUCAACACUGAUAGCAAGGAGAACGUCUUCUUCCCGGAAAGCCCAACACAGGCUUGUCUUCAAACGACGAACGGUCCCACACGCGAAGAAAAGUUCAGAUAUUCACCCGGGAGUUUAUCGCCUGGCUGCCGAGACGAUGAUCGUGCAUCGCAUUGCACACCACCGGACGUUCGGUUCAAGUUUGGUCGAAGUAAUUCACAUUCUCAUACGUCUGGUCCAGCCAGUAGAAAAUCUAAUACUUCCCCAUCAGCAGAGAACACGAUUUGUCAUAAAUCUUUGCCUGACCUUCAUACCAGUACACAUCGUCGAGCUUCUUUAUCACCGCGUACCUCGACCAAAUCAUCUGCUAAACAACAACCUGGACAUCAUCACGGGGUCAACAAUUGUCUAGAUUGCGAGACCAGUUCGGAUUAUUCCGAACAUAGUUUCAAACGUGACGCUAUUUGUUAUCGCAGUACGCGUCACAUCAGACGAUCGUUAGGCUCUGGUGGUGGAGAUGCAAGUAGUGUUCUAUCUUCCGGUGGCAGAACACAAAAAUCCUCUGGCUCGAGUAAAUUGAGCCAUGGCGCUACUGCAAGAGAUUCUGGUGGAUCCUCUGGACAUUAUACUCAUCGUAGCGAACCACCCCCAAGGUUACAGGAUUAUUGGACUCAUAUACGUAGAGACAGUGGUGCAUCGACUCAACAUUCAACCGAUAAAAACCGUUCAAGAAAGGGUAGUUACGCCAGUGGCACACCACCUUCCGUUGUGAGACAUUAUAGUCCUGAUACCGAAAGCAGUGAAAGCCAAACCGAUUACAGUCCUACUUUCAAUUCAAGAUUCUCAGAUGGUUGGAAGGAAGGACGCGGUAGGCCAAUUUUGAGAUCUAAAUCUGAUAUAAGUGAUCGUUAUUGGAGACAAGAUAAUGGUCGAACGAGCAAAUUAUCAGCACGCGCACCACGUUCGGUGACACAGUUGGAGAAUUUCUUUGAUCGUUUGGGUUUAGAUUCAGAUCAUUUUCAACUUAUCACUGAACCUGAUUCGAAAUCUUCCUCGCCUGUAUUCUUCGAUAGUGUUAGCUCAGUCGACUCGGCGUUAGGUCUUUAUUCAUGGAUUGGAAAUAAUCAGGCAAAUCAGGGUAGUAGUCAAUGGCAGAAUAAUAAUUGUAGCAUUGGCAUGGGUAAUGAUGAUUCUAAUCAAAGAGUUAACGAUCCACCAAGUAUCGUUGAACGAAAUGCUCGAAUUAUUAAAUGGCUUUGCCAAUGCCGCAAGGUACAGUUUGGUUACAGUUAAAUACUGUCAUUAUUCGCUUGCUAAAUUAUGAUAUUUUUUAAAGACUUUCAUUUUUAGAUACAAUCAUAUGUUUUUUCUCUUGAUGUUUUAUUAAUUAUUAAAAUGUUUCUUUUCUAUAUUGUUAAAAAGGUUAUUUUUUAUCGGCUUGUUUUUUUUAUAGAUUUGUUUUAAAUUGUAUGCCUUCAUCAAUUUGUUUUUUAUUUUUAUAUAUUAUUUUUUUUGUAAACAAAAGUUGUCCCAUUAGCAAUCCGUUAUUUAUUCAAUUAUUACUUUCUCAUUUUUAAUUCGUUGUUUCAAUUUUAUUAUAUUUUAUAUAUGAGAUAUUUUACAAUACUAAUUAGUAAAAAGUCAAGUAGAGAAAACGGGGCGGAAGUAAUUAAUUAUGAUGAGUUUUACUUCGUAACAGUUAUUUUCUGUUGGUAAAGUCUUUAUCGAAGAAAUUGCAGUUACUAUUUUGUAAGUAAUAGAAAUGAGAUCUAAGAAAAUGAAUUUUUUGAUUCAUUUUUUCUAUGUAUAUAUUUGAAGAGUUUAAUUGAUAUGUUUUUUCUUUUUUACUUCAUACACAUGCACAUAUACAUCAUGCAUACAUACAUACAUACAUGUAUAUGCGUGUAUGCAUGCAUCGAUUUGUGUGCGUGUAAUUUUUUGUUCAUUACAAGAAGUUCUUUCUUUAAAAUAUACAAAUUCGUUAUAGUUUUUUAGCGUUAUUAAUCUUGUAAUGAGUCUAUGAUAUGUUAUGAGAGUGUUUUUCCUCAUAUAUAUCGAAAAAAACUUAUUAAAUCUAAUUACGCAAAUAUAAAAAGCGUAGUUAGUGUGAUCCAUUCAGUUACACGUUGUUUGUUACAAAAUUGAAAGAUUAUUGGUCGAUUCUAAGGAAAAAAAAGAGAAAAAAAAAAAAAGAAAAAAGGGAUAAAAGGAGCUUGAA